AUGGCUUCCUCCGUCGCUGGAUCAGCUGCCGUCGCCUUCAAUUCUGCCGCAUUUUCCGAUAAAACCUGCCGGAAGAUGUCUCAUCUCGGGCAAUUAUCGUCUCAGAUUCAACUCCCACGCUCCCUUAACUUGCAAUGCAGACCACUUACCUCUUUCUCUUCCUCAGGUGUGAGAGCACAGGUUGCAACCAUUGAACAACCAAUCGCCGAAGCAGUGCAAAAAGCAGAUGCUCCUGUCGUUAUUAUCACAGGAGCCUCCCGAGGAAUUGGCAAAGCAAUUGCUUUGGCUCUGGGGAAGGCUGGUUGUAAGGUUCUGGUGAAUUAUGCAAGGUCAUCAAAGGAGGCAGAAGAUGUAUGCAAAGAGAUUGAGGCAUUUGGUGGACAAGCUCUUACUUUUGGCGGGGAUGUUUCAAAAGAAGCAGAUGUGGAGUCAAUGAUUAAAACUGCAGUCGAUGCAUGGGGAACUGUAGAUGUUUUGAUUAACAAUGCAGGUAUUACAAGGGAUGGUUUAUUGAUGAGAAUGAAGAAAUCUCAGUGGCAGGAGGUUAUUGAUCUAAAUCUUACUGGGGUGUUCUUGUGCACACAGGCAGCUGCCAAACUAAUGAUGAAGAAGAAAAAGGGAAGGAUUAUCAAUAUAGCAUCAGUUGUUGGUCUCGUUGGCAAUGUUGGGCAAGCCAAUUACAGUGCAGCAAAAGCUGGCGUAAUUGGCUUUACAAAGUCAGUUGCCAAGGAAUAUUCGAGCAGGAAUAUUAAUGUAAAUGCCGUUGCUCCUGGGUUCAUUGCAUCUGAUAUGACUGCUAAGCUUGGGGCAGACAUUGAGAAAAAGAUUUUGGAGACUAUUCCAUUGGGAAGGUAUGGUCAACCUGAAGAAGUUGCUGGACUUGUGGAAUUCUUGGCCCUUAAUCCUGCCGCCAGUUACAUCACUGGACAGGUAUUUACCAUUGAUGGAGGUAUGGUGAUGUAA